CUGGAAACAGCAUAGGCUUUACUGUAUAUGAGUAGUAAUGUUGUUAUAAGUGUAAUAUCUUCUGAUAAACCUCAGACUUUAGAACAAGAACAAUGGCAGACGAAGCUCCUUUCCAGUUUCUACAUAACGAAGUGAUACAGUACAUUUACAAGACAGCAGAAAGCGGAGAGACGGAGAAUGGACGAAAUAUCACCAGACUGGAGAACAUGGGCUUCAGAGUGGGACAGGGGCUGAUAGAGAGGCUGACAAAAGACACAGCGCGGUUCAAAGAUGAGCUGGACAUCAUGAAGUUCAUCUGUAAAGACUUUUGGACCUGUGUGUUCAAGAAGCAGAUCGACAACCUCCGAACCAAUCACCAGGGUAUCUAUGUUCUUCAGGACAACAAGUUCCGAUUACUGAGUCAGCUGUCAGCAGGGAACCAGUAUAUGGAACACGCCCCAAAGUAUCUGGCCUUCUCCUGUGGCCUGGUGAGAGGAGGUCUGUCCAACCUGGGAGUGAAGAGUAUAGUAACCGCUGAGGUGUCUGUCAUGCCUGCAUGUAAAUUCCAGGUCAUGAUCCAGAAAAUGUAGCAACUCCUGCAGAGGCUGCUCUCGCUCUACAUUCUCUUUUGCCUUCAUUUAUCCUUGAGUUUGUGGCAUUAAAGGGAAAUAGUACCUAUCUCCAUCAGCACAAUCUGUUUCUCUACACUUUGAGGUAUAAACAAACUUUUGCCAAUUCUCACUGUAAUCGUCAAACGUCAGAGCCUCAGAGGAGUGUUUCCUGUUGACACACUAUUACUUUAAUAUGAGAGGUCAAACACUUUCCAGUGGUUCUUGUUAAAUGACUUUGUGAUGGAUAUUGUCAUUGUAGAAGAGCCCUCUGGUGGCACAAUGAUUGAACUGCAUGAUGUCAGUUUGAAGUCAUACACAGUAUGAACUGUAUAUAUAUGUCUUUAUGCAUAUAUAUAUAU